GGGCCUAGAAGCUUAUGGAAGCUUCCCAUAGAUCGUCGCCUCUUCCUCCUCGCCUGACCGACCUGUUCCAACACUUUGGUCUGGACAAGAUCCGCGCGAUCAUGAACAGUUCUGAUGGUAAGACGUUCGAGCAAAAGAUCGACAAGUUACGAGAGGAAAUGAGUGCUUUCGAACGUGCUCGUGAUGUAUUCUACAUCGUCGAGGGCGAGGAUGGCGACGAGGACGACGAAGACGACGAGGACGACGACGUGGAUGUGGACGAGUCGGAUAGAAAGCUCUUAGAUGAUGAAAAGAAACCCGAUAUCACGAAACGACCACACACUCCUAUUGGAGAUGAGGUGGAAUGCAAGAAGCCAAAGAUAGCAGAAGGCUCAAGGUGCCAAGGAGAAGAACCUGAGGCUGGAGGGAUAAAGAAUUCCUCAUGGGUCUGAUGACAGGGGAAUGCAGUAAACACCAGAAGCAUCAAAACUAUGAUCUGGAACAGUAUCCUGAAUAAACUAUUUUCUGGAUUAUGAAUGAAUUCUGAAGCAUGGGGCUAUAAGUGAAUUAUGUAACAUGGAUUUGUAACUAUGGUGGAUGUUAAGUUAACGUUCUAUCAGUGCAUCGUGAAUGCGUGCUGAAUAUGCUUCUGUUAUGGUUUCG